AUGUUUUUUCAGGUUAUUCUUUCCUUACUUUUAAACUCAUCACCAAUUGAAAGUACAAUGGAAGAGGAGUGUUGCGAUAAUCCUUGGGAUUUACGUCCGAAGACUGAAAGUUCUACUUCAGAAUGUGCUGUUCCUUUACAGCUGCAUGUUGCUAACAAAUUGAAACAAAAAUUAAGUGAACAGUUUCUGUCGCGCAAGAAUACUUCCAACAUAAACAACUCACGUACAGUCAUCUUGAAGAAGAUCGGAAAAGAAAAUGAUACUAAUAAAUUACAAAGUAAUCAAGUAUUUCAUACAACCGAACAAAGUCUACUUGCACAGUCAAAACAAAAUCAUACUCUAAAAGAUGUAGAUAAUUUCCUUCCUGAUUUACCAAAGCUCCAGACUUUAAAUGUACCCUAUCAAAAUGGUCAUUCACAAUAUAACACACCUAAAAACGAAUCAUUUUGUCAACCUGUUGCAAGUCCUCCGGUUAUUCAUUCUCAAGUUACAAAACCAAAAUUUAUCAAAUGUGGCUCCUUACUUAAUCAUUGUCUAACUAAUGAAGUAAACUCUUCAAAUCUAUUGCCAAAUCCUCUUGUGAUGAAUCAUGUUCCUACAAAUACAAAUAAAACAAUUAACAAUCUCGAAAAUCCUGAUGUUCAGUUUACAGAUAACCUAUGUGAUAUUGAUGUGAAACACAUACCCAAACACCAAACAGAUGAUAAAUUAGAUAUGCCUGUCUCAAAUCAUGUCAGGCCUAAUCGAAGUUGUUUACCUGUGCAUAAUUAUGUCAAACUUAACUUGAAAAAGAAACAAUUUUGCCGUAAAGGAUCAUCAAGACAACAGACGUUAAGAAGAAAAGUUUAUUUCAAUAAACUUAAAAAGAAGCUUAACAAAACUUAUAAUAACAAAAAUGCCUGCUUUAUAUGCGGCGUUUCAGGUCACUGGGCUAAUAAGUGUCCACAAACAAUCAUGAAAUCUCAAGCUCCUAUCGAAAACAAUUCACUUGGCUGGCAACAAAGUGAUAAUCCUUGUAAAAUAAUAAGCCUUUCCGAACUGGAUAGUCGAUAUUUUCCAGCUAACAUUAGUGAUGUUUUACCAGUGGAACUUAUUAGCAAUUCUCCAAAACAAUCUUUUUCUAUAGAUGAACUAUCUGUUCGUGUGAAAUAUUGUUUAAAAGAGUUAGGUUUUGAAUCAUUUCGUCCUGGUCAAGAGUUAGUUAUUUUACGUACACUUUUAGGUAUUUCAACGUUGGCUGUAAUGCCAACUGCUUUUGGGAAGUCACUUUGCUAUCAAAUACCUGCAGUAAUAUACCAGCAAGUGUAUAAAACUGUUGCCUUGGUUAUUUCACCUCUUAUUUCACUGAUGGAAGAUCAAGUUAUACAAACUAUAUCAGGAUUAAAUGGUACUUUUUUGAAUUCAAGUCAAUCGAUCGAUCGAAAGAAAGAAAUAUUAGAAGAAGCACACAGGGGGAAAUAUUCUUUUCUGAUGUUAUCACCUGAAGCAAUAGUAGAUUCUGAAUGGUUACUUCAAUCUGGACGUUUACCUCCGAUAAGUUUUGUUUGUAUUGACGAAGCACAUUGUUUAGCUGAUUGGUCUAAUCAUUUUCGACCAUCAUAUCUGCGUGUUUGUAAUUUACUUCGAAAAUAUAUGGGAGUUAAUUGUUUUUUAGGUCUUUCUGCAACUUGUACACCUAAUGUCAUCACAAAUAUUUGUAAUAAUUUAGGAUUGCAUAAUCCAACACGAUUUGUUGGUGAUAUAAUUAAUGAGACAACUUUAUAUCAAUCUGGUUAUGUUCAACCAGUGUUAACACCACUUCCAUCACAUUUAACAAUCACCGCAUCAAUGGAUGUGAAAAAAGAUGAAGCACUAUUGAAAUUGCUAACAAGAAAACCAUUUAAUCAAUUAACCGGUGGAAUAUUAGUCUAUUGUACAACUAGAGAGCAAGCUGAACAAUUAGCAUCAUUUAUACGUACAGCUUUACAAGAUCAAGUGGAUCAGAUUGGUCGUAAACGUAUGAAUUGGACAACAGCUGCAUAUCAUGCUGGUCAAACAACCAGUGAAAGAUCUCGUAUACAAAAAAAAUUUAUGAAUGGUAAAAUACGUGUUCUUAUUGCUACAUGUGCUUUUGGUAUGGGAUUGAAUAAAGCUGAUUUACAAGCUGUUAUACAUUUCUCACUUACUAAAUCAUUUGAAAAUUAUGUACAAGAAAUAGGUCGUGUAGGACGUAAACAACAAGCUUCCUAUUGUCAUGCAUUCCUACCUUCCUCUUUAAUGAAUGAUCCAUACGAAGAGAAUCAUAUAAGGCGACAUAUUUUUGCUAAUCACAUUGAUAUUGUAUUAUUAAAACGUUUACUUGGAUUAAUAUUCAAAGACUUUCAAUGUACAUGUCGUCAGCCUAUAAUAGUAGAAAUUAACAAAGAAGAAGAUCCAUUGGUUUGUCAAGGUCAUGUACAUGCAAUUGAUCUACAAAUGAUCAGUGAACAAAUCGAUAUUAAACCUGAAAGUUUAGCUACAAUAUUGGCUUAUUUAGAAUUAGAACCUGGUAAUCCAAUCAUCUCGUUAUUACAUUCUGGUUAUGCUACAGCUACUGUCAGUUGUUAUGGAGGUCAACCUGAAUUAGCUUAUGCUUCACAACGUUGUUUAGCUGUUGCUGGUGCUCUUAGUUUAUGGAAAAAUGAACAAACAAAAGAUUCACAAACUAAGAAUGAAUAUCCAAGACAGUUGCAAUUAAAUUUACCACAAUUAUUUAAUCGUUGGGGUUGGAAACCAAAUGUAGUGAAACAAGAAUUAAAAAAGCUAGAAUGGGAUUAUUCCACGAGUAAUAAUUUGUCGAAUGCAUCAAAUCAUAAAGGUCAUCAUCGUACUGGGAUAAGUAUUGAUUUUUCACAUUGGAGUUCAUGGUUGUGGAUACAUGGUUCGGAAGUACCAAUUACAGAUGAACGUUUAGAUAACUGUUUAACUUAUUUAAAUAAUCGUUUACAACAAUCUGAACAAACAGCUUUGCUUAGUAUUGAACAAUUAACUCAAGCUUUAGGUACUGUUGCACAACCAUGUUUUCAAAAUCUCUACCCUACAGAAACUAACAAUGAUUUAGAGACUCCUAAGACUGAUUGUGAAAAAAAUUGUAAACAAGGAUCAUCUAUUGUGCAUGAAUUAAUCAAGUCCCAUUUUUCUGGUAUUAAAAGCACUUUACAAAAUGAUAAGUCAACAAUUAUUGAUGACUGUCAAAAUCGAUAUCGUUGGCCAUCAGCUGUAACAGACACACAAAUUGUUCAGGUACAGUCUACAGUUAGAAACUUCUUAAACAUAUAUGAACAUAGUCUUGACAGAAAAAUCACAGGUCGGACACUCGCUAAUAUAUUUCAUGGAAUAUCGACUCCUCACUUCCCUGCAACUACAUGGUCACAUUGUCGACGAUUCUGGAAAGCUCAUUUGGAUAUUGACUGGCCAACUAUUAAGAAGAUUGCUACGCAAGAAUUACUAAAUCAUUUUUCAUGCACCUAA